ACAGUAGCCGUUGCUGCAGGGUUUGCAAAAACGGAGAGUCCAGAGGAAAGCAAGACUCGCAGCGGCGUGCAGCCAAGCCUCUGAAUGUGAUGCUGCGCAGGUUAAGGCAAGUUGCUGACCGAAAGGUGCAUCCGUGAUGCUUCCUUGGCAUCCAGAGGGGACAUCAGCAAGAGAGGCAGCCUUCCCAGGAAUGGGUAGUCAUGAGAGAGAUCCCUCUUCUCCCAAAAGGGUACCACCCCCAUCCCGGUCCAACAGCACUGUAUCAUCUAGGCACAGCAUUGUUCGGCAGAGUUCAGAAAGCUGGGAGGUGGUGGAUGAGCUGCGGAUCCAAAGCGGGGUCAUCCAGGAGCCUGAGAGGCAAGAGGGCUACUUGCUAAAGAAGCGAAAAUGGCCCCUGAAGGGCUGGCACAAGCGUUAUUUUGUUUUGGAAGAUGGAAUCUUGAAAUACGCCACCACACGCCAAGAUGUCUUGAAAGGGAAGCUGCAUGGUUCCAUUGAUGUCCGCUUGUCGGUCAUGUCAGUCAACAAGAAGGCCCAGCGUGUGGACCUGGACACUGAGGAGAAUAUUUAUCAUCUCAAGAUCAAGUCCCAGGAGCUCUUCAAUAACUGGGUGGCCAAGCUGUGUUCACACCGCCAAGCCGAUACCUCCCACAGGCAGUACCUGACCAGCAGCCAUGGCGGGAGAGGCUCCCAUCCUGCCCAGCAGGCUUGCAGCUCACGGCACCGCAUUCUGACAUCUGAAAGUGCCCCUGCCUUGUCUUCAUUGGCCGGUCCUCGAGAUAAGGUGAACUCUUGGCUCAGUGACAGCAAGGGCCUGGAUAGGUGCUCAGCAGAACUCUCAGAAUGUCAGGGAAAGCUUCAGGAGCUGAACCGCAUGCUACAGAGUUUGGAAUCUCUGCAUCGCAUUCCUUCUGCCCCUCUUAUCUCUAAUCAGACCUCGGCAGGUACAGAGAGACCAAGAAAGGGGAAGAGGUCUACUCGGAUAUGGUGCACUCAGAGUUUCGCAAAGGAUGACACCAUUGGCAGGGUGGGGCGCCUGCAUGGCUCUGUACCCAACCUCUCGAGAUAUUUGGAAUCCUGUCAGAACCAAGCCAUUUUUAGUGUCCCUCCAGAAUACAGCCAGCUGCAGAGAAGUUUCUGGAUCUUAGCUCAGAAAGUUCACGAGUCCCUCAGCAGCGUGUUAGCCGUGCUAGCUGCGGAGCGAGACCGUCUGCAGGAACUGCAGCAAACGCUGGACCCACAGCGUCCCGCUACACUUUCUGCCCAGGGUGGCCAUGGGGGCAGCAUCAGAACUUCAGCAGCUGGGGCUUCUCUGCAGACACUGGACAAUCCUGAAUGUAUCCGCCGCUUCCAUUCUCUCUCCAUCUCCUCAGACACUACUCUGGACUCCUUUGCCUCAUUCAAUCCUGAUGAACCGGAUGCUCUCUUGGUUAAGGAUCAGGAGCAGCAGCUGUCCAACUGCAGCAUUGUGUCGCUCUCUGAUUCACACACGGAGUUCUUUGAUGCCUGUGAGGUUUUCCUGUCGGCAAGUUCGUCUGAGAACGAGGCGACAGAUGAUGAGUCCUGCAUCAGUGAAGUGACUAACAGCAUCUCGGAGGAAACGAUGGAUCUGGCGGGAGGACCUGGCCGUUGCCACAAAGGCCCAGCGCCUCUGCACUGUGUCGAGGAGUCUUCCGAGAGGAGCUUCAACCUACCGGCGCCCAUGGCUGUGUAUCUUCCCGGGCCAGGACCUGGGAUCACCCGACGGAACUGCCUCCCAGCCUCUCACGUCCAUGCCAGCGACAUCAGCGUCUGGAACAUUCUUCGCAACAACAUUGGCAAGGAUCUCUCCAAGGUCUCCAUGCCGGUUCAGCUGAACGAGCCCCUCAAUACUCUGCAGCGCCUUUGUGAGGAGUUGGAGUACAGUGCCCUGCUGGAUGAGGCCAGCUGCAGCACAGACCCCUGUGAAAGACUGCUCCUCAUGGCUGCCUUCGCGGUCUCUGCCUAUGCCUCCACCUACUACCGUGCCGGCAGCAAGCCAUUCAACCCCGUGCUGGGGGAGACGUAUGAGUGCGUGCGGCCAGACAAGGGCUUUCGCUUCAUAAGUGAACAGGUGUGCCACCAUCCUCCUAUCUCCGCCUGCCAUGCAGAGUCUGACAACUUCAUUUUCUGGCAAGAUAUGAAGUGGAAAAAUAAAUUCUGGGGCAAAUCUCUAGAGAUAAUCCCUGUGGGGACUGUGAAUGUCCAGCUUCCCAGGUUUGGGGAUCACUAUGAGUGGAACAAGGUGACCUCCUGCAUCCACAACAUCCUGAGUGGCCAGCGCUGGAUUGAGCAUUAUGGUGAGGUGCUGAUCAGGAACACCAGAGACAGCACCUACCACUGCAAGCUCACUUUCUGCAAGGCGCGGUACUGGGGUUCCGGGGUCAACGAGGUGCAAGGCGCCAUUCUCACCCAUAGCGGCAAGGUUAUCCACCGGCUCUUCGGGAAGUGGCACGAUGGGUUGUAUCGUGGUGUUGCCCCCGUCGGCAAGUGCAUCUGGAGGCCCAACUCCAUGCCUCGGGACUAUGAGAAGAACUAUGGCUUCACUCAGUUUGCCCUGGAGCUCAAUGAAUUAACGCCAGAGCUGAAGCGCCUCCUGCCUUCCACAGACACGCGGCUGAGACCUGACCAACGGUACCUCGAAGAGGGAAAUGUGCAGUCUGCAGAGUCCCAGAAACGCCGGAUAGAACAGUUGCAGCGAGAUCGGCGCCGGGUGAUGGAGGAUAACAAUAUUCUUCAUCAGGCACGCUUUUUCCGGCGGCUAAUAGAUGCCAAUGGCAAGGAGUCCUGGGUAACCAACAGCAGCUACUGGAAACUGAGGGCAGAGCCCGGCUUCAGCAGCAUGGACAGCGCUGUCUUGUGGUAGCUGCCAGCCUCUGCUGGAGCGGCUGCUGCCUUCUCUCGAAGUGGGGAGCAGACAAUAAGGGUCCCCUGCAGCAUAAGCACAAGGUGAUUGAGGCAUGCAAUCCUGGAAUUCCAGACCCUCGAGAAGGGGCGCCGGGGGGAGGGACGCGCAUACAUGGGAGACUCCCUUAGGUGUAACGCCAUGCACUUCUGAAGCAACCCUCCCCUCGCACACAUCCGGGAAAGGCCCCUGUGGUCCCGCUCGCCAUCUUGCACUGCUGCCUGCUGGUUAGGCAGACUUUGUUGGGCCCCUGGACCGCUGCUGCCAGGAAGCACUUUAGCGUCACCUGGGCCAGAGUGGGGCAAACGAGACUGGAUGCCCUGAAGUCACUUGAAGCAAUGGAAGAUGCGCUAUUUUCAGACUCUGCCUUUUGCUCAAACAGCAGCAGCACAUUUUCUUAUUCAGUAAAGAACAACGCCGGCUUAGGAACAUUUUGCGUUGUUCUAACUACCUGGUGGUGACCUUCUGGGGUGGCUGCCCUCUCUCUCUCACACACGCCCCUUUUUCAGUUGUCAUAGUGCUUUCUGUUACAGGUACUUACAUUCUCUCUCUGUCAAGCAUCACCAGGUGGUAGCUGUUAUGAGGGAAGGCUGGCUCAGGCUGGAAACCCUCUUGCUAGGAGCAGUUCAAAUGUGAAGUUUUAGUUGCCUGCUGAGGGGCCCUUCUCUCCUCCUGUGGCAGCUGUUGCACUUGGGCAUCAGUUUGGGUGACAGGCUCCCCCCUUCCCAGUGAUAAUUGGUGCCUGCCCAUCUCAACGAAGCCAGGAGUACCUUGUAGAAGGUAUGGGCCAUUAGCGUUAAACCAGGACCCUGGGGGUGCUUUUUCCAGUCUUGUCUCUGAUACUCCCUUCUCUCCCCAUCUCUCCUGCCUCCCCACCACUUUUUCCUUCAGGACUUGAAGCAAUAAUUGGAAGGAAUGAGGGGCAAAUGCUAGCAUGUGCCCCAGCAACUGCUAGCAUGCAAGUGCGGUGCAUUCAGAUAGCUCGUUGUACCUUAGCAUCAGGUUAGGGCUUGAGCAUAUGAAAUAAAGAACUGUCUUGAGUACAGUAUGUGUGAAGGCAGGAGGACAGAAGCAAAGGGUAAAAUGGGUGAUUUAGGAGGUGGGUGUAUUGAGGAAGAAGGAAGAAUGUGUGCAUGUCUAGCCUAUUUUGUUUCCAUGAGGCAGACAUCUGGGGGAUUUGUUUUUGUGGCUACACCCAGAGGAGUGCAUGAGGACUGGGUAUCUGAAUCCUAUAUGAUGAGAAGGAAGAGGGGAUUCUGCCUGUGACUGGCACAGGCCCACCCAAAUGGUGGCCCACCAAGCCAAAUGCUUGUUCUGUAGCCGGCCGGGUGCUUGACAGUCACAGGUUCCUUCGAGCCCCUGAUGGCCCCCAAACAUGGUUAGGGAUUGUCUUAGUGGGCUGCAAGAUGUUGCAGGCUCAGUCCAGAGCAGCGAUACCAAACCAUGGCCCUAGGAACUAAAUGUGUCCUGCCUGGUGUGAAAAUAUUAUCCUCUGGGACUCCUGAGAUGGCCAUGCUCCAUUUCCUUCACCUCUUCCCCUUUUUGCCAACUGCCAAACAUUUGGUGGUUUCUUGGCCUUUGUGCAGCUUUUUCCCCACUCUAAAAGGUUGACACACCUCCCCUAAGGUUCAGUUACUAGCAGUAAGCGCAUUAGGGCCUAAUCCAAGGCAGAUGCAUAUAAGUCUCUAAACUCGUUCUAUAUACUCCGGACCACUCUUUGGCCAUCUAGGUUUAGUACCAGGCACAGGGAUGGAAGGAGACUGAGGCAGUGAUAGGAAUGUGGGUAAGGCGAUGGCCCCAACUGCCCCUCCUCCAAGGCCCAGUUGCAUCUUCAGAGCAGCAGCCAGGCUGUGGGUUAGGCCUUUAGAGUCCCUGCUCCAAGAUGUUUAGAGCUAGGGAUCUGUAAAAUUCUACCCCUCUCCCUUUCAGGAAACCAAAAUUUGCUCUAAAGUUAAAAUUGAUAGCAUUUUGGCCUAACCCCUUUUGCUCUACCAGAGACAAAUGUGUCGUCUUUCUUUCCCCCACCCACAACUCCACAAGAGCUUUUCCAAAGUGGAAUUUUGUCUUCAGAUUGAAAGAGGUCCUGGAGCUCUGGACAAGAGGUUAUGUUUACACUUCAGUUCUUAAUGUAUAUGCUUUUUUGCCUAUUUCCACCCACCCAGAUGUGGAUAAGGAUGCAGUGACUGCAAAAUGCUACAUUUGGUUAUGAUAUGACAGAGUUCAGGAGCAAGUAUGGAACCUGCAUCAUGCCAAACGCCCAGGACUUUGAAAAGUGCAUCUCCUGCCAUCCUGGCUGCUUCUCUACAACACCAGGUACCCUCCAGAUGUUUUGGACUCCCAUCCUCUAGCCAUUGUGUGUGGGGGCCAAUGGGAGUUGUGCUCCCAAACAUCUGGAGGGCGCUAGACCAGAGAAAACUCCUCUCAGGCUCAGCGGGGAAAAAUAAUGCAUGGUGCAGCUGCAUUUUUGGAGUUUUCUGGGCUCCAGGUUUGGGAGCAAGGUUGCUUAAUGACCACACAGCUUUAUUCUUUCCUUCUUUAGGAUCCAGGGGCCUGGUUCUUGUUACCACAGAGAGCCAAACUUUUGGCUGCCAGACUCCUGGCUUGAACGAUAGAGAACACUGUGCCAGCCAACUCCCUUCUGCACCCUUCUCAGAUUUCCUGGUUCACCGACUCAGCUGAAUACUUAGGUGGACCUAAAGGGAGGGUGUCAGUAAUUGAAUGUCUCCAAAGCACCUGCGUUGUGGGUGGGCUGUGUUGUGCCGGAGGACCUUUUCGCAGGUCUGUGUCAGAUGAUUUGGGAACUCCAUUCUGAUUGUGACGGCGGUGAAGGGCCUGUCACGGUUUCUUUUGUGAGGUUGCACUGGGACACGAGACUCACUUUUGCUUUGUGGGGUUUGGCUUUGAUCACUGUAUUCCAACUACAUGAUAAAAGGAGUAUGACAGUAACUUCACUGGAGGGGGAAAAUGGUUAAUUUCUCCCCACUGUGCUCCCUCUUGAAGAUUCUGCUGCACACACCCAAUAGGCAUCCUGUCUGUCUAUCUGUCUCUCUCUCUCUGUGUGCUGGGUGUCCAGCAUCUUGUCUGCCCCCAAAAGCAGGUCAGCCUGUUCUCAUCCACCCUGUCCGGCUGGUCCGGCACUGCUCCAUCUUUUGCCUCUGUUCUGUCCUUGUGUUGUGGCUUGAACACUCCACAGUGGGUCCAAUAAAAAAAUUCAGAAAAUUCAA